AUGAGUAGUCCUCAUUCAACUUGGCCUGAAUUCAAGAGGCUCCUUGAGCGCUAUCAGAAGGGCACGAAACAGUUGGCCGAUGCAAGCAAUGCAGCAAUUAGCCUCCCCGAUGGCCUGCCAUUCAAUGGUGGGGUGGAGGAGCUCGACGGCCAAGCCAUGGAGAAACAGCUCAAGAUACAAGCACGUUAUCUUCUGAACAUGUACGAUGCUCUUGUACACGAAAGCGUCGAGAUCAAUACUGCUUGCACCCAGAUAUCACGCCGGUUAAAGAAGGUUGUGCUUGCGAGCCACGCGCGCCUCUAUGCUUAUCGCUUCGACCAAGUGCCGUUUUACUGGCGACAAAUCUACUCUGACGCGCAAAUCCUUACCACGUUUCAUAUAUUGCUCCAGUAUGAAAGCAAAAAAAUACCGUCUGAGCAGCAGCAGGCUUUUUUGGAGACGUUGGACGAGGUUGUCUCGCGGCUGGAUCUUUGCCUCAUCACCGCGGGCGGGGGAGGCCGUAUCCUCGAUAAGCCUUGGAUUGAAAAAACCUUGGCCAUGGUUGGAGAGGCAUGGCAGCCGACAGCAGACUUUGGGCCGGAACGAAAGUUUUCUUCGGCGGAGCCAAACGGCCGUCCGGAGCUGCUGCGACCAUGUGCCAGAUUUGAACGCUGGAGCAUCAAACAAUUCGAGACGUACAUGAGUCAAGGUUACGAGGCAGCUAAGAAGGGAGAUGAUCUUGGGCCCGUGCCCGCGGUAUUCACAGGUUUAAUCAAAGAUGAUUGGCCUGCAAUAAAGGACAGGAAAUGGGUGCGGCCGAGCUACCUCUUCGACAAGACGUUGGGAGGGCGAAGGCUGGUUCCCGUCGAGAUCGGUCGUAGCUAUGUCGAUCAAGGAUGGGGCCAAGAGUUCAUGUCAUUCAGAGAGUUUGUUAUACGGUAUAUUGACCGCACUCUCGUUGUCGGCCAUGUUACAGGCGCCAUUGCUGACGUGGCUACUGUUCACCGUGGCUCUGAGGCGCAACUCGGGUACCUUGCCCAGCACAAUCUCUUUGCACAGAUACCCGAGCUUCGCAACGAUAUCCUGGUCCCCGACUUUUGCUGGGCCGACGUUCCGGGUCAUCCGUUCAAGCCUGACCAGGACAAACCAAAGCUUGACAUGCCGGAGCUCAAUGCCUGGUUCGGCCCUGCAAACACUACGACGCCUCUGCACACAGACGGAUACACCAACCUUUUAUGUCAGGUUGUGGGCACCAAGUACGUGAGACUGUAUCCGCCCCAAGCAGACCGCUUCAUGAGGCCAAUGUCGACCAACGAAAAUGGUGUCGACAUGAGCAACACGAGUAGCAUUGACAUUGGCGCCGUCUAUCUCGAUGGCAUCUUGGGGGGCGACAAUGACGAAGACAUGAUGGAAGUGGAUGACGAGGAUGCUCAGGAUGCUCAGGAAUUUAUACAAGAAAUCAAGGACAGCCUCAAGGAUGUCCAGUACUUUGAGUGCAUCUUGGAGCCUGGCGAUGCCCUACUCAUACCUGUCGGGUGGUGGCAUUAUGUGCGGAGCUUGAGCGUCAGCUUCAGCGUGAGCUUCUGGUGGAACUGA